AUAGCUUCAGUCUUAGUAACAGGCAUUGACUCUUCUGUCUCUUCUACCAACUAAACCGUGCCAUCGUCAUCCUUUAUGGAAAACCUUCUCUGCACAAUUAAAAAUGAAGUUAUAUAAUAGCAUUUUAACUUUACUCGGAGUGUGUUUAAGUGUAGUUCUAGGCGCACCAUCCUUAUGGGACAAUGCAUAUAUGAAUAAGUUGGACCAAUUUUGUGGCUCACGUUUAUCGAACGAGCUUGCCAUUUUAUGCAGUGGUAAAUACAACGAUGCCAAAGGUCCAAAAAAGCUAAAAAGGGGAAUUGUCGACGAAUGUUGUAGAACACCAUGUUCUCGAAACUUUAUGAAAAUAAAUUAUUGUGCUCCUGAUGUACCGACAAUUACUGAUUCACCAAUAAUAAGUAGUCAAUUAUUCAGAGUUGAUUAUUUGCGUUACUAUUAUCAACUAGUUAUCCAUGUGUUGGACCCGAAAGCGGAGGAUGGAGAUCAAUAUAUUGACGAUAAAAACGCUGACAAUGAAUACAUUUACGAUUAA